AUGUCGACAGCAAUCGCAAGAGAAACGCUUUUGAUCGAGAACGUCACUACGCAAGACUCUGGAAACUACUCAGCUGUUUUUAGCAGUGGGCCGGCUCACCACAUCCGCUACAGAUGUUUGUCUAUAGUGAAAAUAGGGUCGCCGCCAUUUUCAAAAGUUCGUAAAGAGGGGCAUCCAUGGCUUGCCGACCUUGGCGAAUCCGUUCGUUUGUUUUGCUCCUCGGACGGCGAUCCGCCACUGAUGUUUACGUGGUAUGCACAAUCCGUAGACAAGACUCAAAAGUGGAAGAUUGGAAAUGAAAAAUGCGGUUCCGAAUUUUCAGUCUAUACGGGACAGAAGAACAGCACCCUCUUGAUACCGAGCGUCCAGCAUUGGGACCGAGAGUACAGAUAUGUAUGCAAAGUAGCAAAUAAUUUUGGCACGUCCAAAAGUUACACGACGUUCACUCUGAAAUAUUCUCGAACAUCUCAAUCAGAAUCUCAGAAAGCCACUAAUAAAUGGGUUGAAGAGAAUGUCGAAGAGAACGUUCUGAUGCUAGCCAAUAAAAGCAGUAACCUCACCUGCAAAUCCUCUCAUGACUUGGGAAAGGUGUAUCCAGUAAGCUGGAGCAACUGCAAGGACGAUACACACUGCAUCGAAAACAGCAACGACAGAAUAUCAUAUUGCAGACAAAAUCAAAGCACAGUUGCACAUGUGAGAUUCAAAGUCGUUUUGCUGAGCGAUUCGGGCACGACCUUUACCUGCUGGUCGUUCAAAUCCUACGAAAGAGUCAGAGUUAGUGAAAGACAGAGACAACAGGUAUUUGUCACCGAGAGUCUUCACAGCGAGAAAGCGACAGGCUACGGUGCUGACGAGUUGAACACUUUGAGAAGGUUGAGAGGACGCUGGCUAGCAAUAGAUUGCAGAGCGAGAAAACCUAGUGGCAUCGACAUCAUUCUAGAUUGGCGGGAUGGUAGCAACCAAACCAACAGCCUCACUGUUGACGAGACACGAAUACAGCCGUUUCAGCGUCGUCGACUUCCUUCUCGUUAUAACCAGGCUUUGUCUACGCUAUACAUACCUCAAAACUAUGGUGAAAGCGACUACGCAUGCGUAGCUGUGACUUCUCUGAGCUCAAAGCUCGACGUUUUGAUAAGGAAAGUAAAAGUAAGAAAGAAUUAGACGAGCAGUAAAUCAAGAUGUGGUACCGCUGGCAAACUAUGUCAGUGUUCCUAUUUAGUUAAUAAAUAAACUAUUAAUUAAUUAACGAUGAAUUAGUAAUUGCAUUUUACGAUACUAAUGGAAUGAAGUUGGCUCUAUAGUGCAUUUGCAUAUUACUAACUUGCAUAUUUUGAUGAUGCAAAAGAUUGUUGUAAAGAGCUAAUCGUGUAUCAGUGUACUCUCAUUUACGGAACGGCGUGCAUUCACGUGUCUACUUGCAUGGACGCAGUAGCUGACCAUGCAUGUCUGCCUCUUUUGUGUCUAGCGUUUAUUCAAAAUCUCGAGCCUCCGUGGACGCAAUUGCUGACCAUGUCUGUAUAGCGUUUAUUCAAACUCUUGAGCCUCCAUUUGUCCACUUGUCCUGCUUGUAUGUGGCUUUGCAUGGCGGUGAUUCUAACAGGUUUUAAUACACACAGACUGCGGACAGACAAACAGAUACACAGAAAGGAAACUCUAGAAAGGAAGGAAAUAAGGAGGAGGAAAUAGUACGAAAGGGAGAAAGUGGAAAAAGGCAUGUGGAGGGAGAAUAGAUUGAAGAAAAGGAAGAGGCAGAGAGAGGA